CCUGCUAUCUGCUCACCUGCGCUCACAGCACGGGGCACCUACCUGAGGACGUUUGUGUGCUGCACUAGUGGCUGUGUGUGUCGGCACUAAAGGAUAUUCACUGGAAGAGGAGUACAAGAUGAAUCCAGAGAAAGCAGACGUCAUGGCAGACAGAGAGCAGGGAAAGGAGAAGAAGAGUAAAUCUAGCAAGGCGGAGUGCUGUGGCUACCCGCUCAGUAUUUUCUUUAUUGUGGUGAAUGAGUUCUGCGAGCGGUUCUCCUACUAUGGCAUGCGAGCGGUGCUGGUGCUCUACUUUCGCUAUUUCCUGCGCUGGGACGAUGAUCUGGCCACCACUAUCUACCACACCUUUGUGGCCCUGUGCUACCUGACACCCAUCCUGGGUGCCAUCGUGGCUGAUUCCUGGCUGGGAAAGUUUAAGACCAUAGUGUAUCUGUCUAUUGUGUACACUAUAGGACAAGUGGUCAUGGCGGUCAGUGCCGUCCACGACAUCACGGACACCAACCAGGACGGCACACCUGACAACAUGACCUUCCAUGUUGCCCUGUCUAUGGUGGGUCUGUUCCUCAUCGCCGUGGGAACAGGAGGCAUCAAACCCUGUGUGGCAGCCUUUGGAGGAGACCAGUUUGGGGACCACCAGGACAAGCAGAGAAGCACUUUCUUCUCCAUCUUCUACCUUUCCAUCAACGCCGGCAGUCUGCUCUCCACUGUCAUCACACCCAUUCUCAGAGCUCAGGAGUGUGGAAUUAACUCCCAGCAGAAGUGUUAUCCUCUGGCGUUUGGGGUUCCAGCUGCUCUGAUGGCUGUUGCGCUAAUUGUGUUCAUUGCUGGCAGUGGCAUGUACACUAAAGCUGCCCCCAAAGGCAAUAUCAUGAUGGAGGUGUGCAAGUGCAUCGGAUUUGCCAUUAAGAACCGCUUCAGGCACCGCAGCAGUGCAUACCCCAAGAGAGAGCACUGGAUGGACUGGGCCAAUGAGAAAUACGAUAAACUGCUGAUUGCUCAAGUGAAGAUGGUGCUGAAGGUUCUCUUCCUCUACAUCCCACUGCCCAUGUUCUGGGCUCUGUUUGACCAGCAGGGAUCUCGCUGGACUCUCCAGGCCACGACUAUGGAUGGCAACUUUGGUGGCUUUGUUGUGCAGCCAGAUCAGAUGCAGACUGUGAACCCCAUACUGAUCCUGGUGAUGGUGCCUAUCGUGGACAGCGUGGUGUAUCCACUCAUUAAGAAAUGUGGUCUGAACUUCACGCCUCUGAAGAGGAUGACUGUGGGUAUGUUUAUGGCAGGAUUAGCGUUUGUGGCCGCAGCCCUGGUGCAGAUUCAGAUUGAUCAAACCCUGCCCAAGUUCCCCUCACACACUGAGGCUCAGGUGAAGUUCCUGAACAUGGAAAACAACCCGCUGUCUGUAUCUGUGGAUGGAACACCAUUCGAUAUCCAAGCUUUCCAGUCCUCAGGUAACUACCUGAACCUUAAUAUGGAGACAGCAACAGUAGCUGUGAACGGGAAUGAAUUUGCGGUCAGUCUGAUCAAAGGAAGACGCCAAACUGUCCUGCUCAGCUCCACCGGAAUUUUAGGGAGCAGUCAAGAUUUAAACACCAAACCUGAACAAGGAAAUAAUGAUAUCAGGUUUGUGAACGGCUUUGGCACAGUGCUGAACGUGACGGGCGCUAAAGACCUGGGCGCCGUCACUCCCAAUAACUUCUCUGACUACGGCCUCAUUCCACAGGGCAAAGCCAUCUUCACUAUACUAAAUGAUGAAGGACAGACGUGCAACUACUCCAUCACUCUGGGCUUCGGAAGCUCCUACACACUCGUCAUUCCCAGCACCUUCAGCUUCGGACCUAAUUGUUGGACCACCAUCCAGCAGAUAGAAGACAUCAAGCCCAACACCAUCCACAUGGCCUGGCAGAUCCCACAGUACUUCCUCAUGACGUCUGGAGAAGUGGUCUUCUCCGUUACUGGUCUGGAGUUCUCCUACUCACAGGCCCCGAGCAACAUGAAGUCAGUCCUUCAAGCUGGCUGGUUGUUGACCGUUGCUGUGGGGAACAUUAUUGUGCUGAUUGUAGCAGAAGCAGGCCAGCUCCCUGACCAGUGGGCCGAAUACGUGCUCUUCGCUUCUCUCUUGGUGUGCGUGUGCAUCAUCUUCUCCAUCAUGGCCUACUUCUACACGUACAUUGACCCGGCUGAGAUCGAGGCCAAGUUUACUGAGCAAAACCCUGAAGACAAGGAGGAGAAGAAGAAAGGUCUGGAGUUGGGCAACAUGUACAGCUUAGCUGCUGAGAAAUCGGAGCAAGUCAAACAAACCAAGAUCUAAACACCCCGUCUCCGCUUCCUCCUACUGCUGCCUGCUGUACUAAAGGAUGUUUCUGCUGGUCUGGAAUUUUAGUGGUUCAGAAUUAGGAGACAUUGUGGGAUAAGCUGCUCCUGGACCAGCACAGAUGGACAUAGUUUAUAUGAAGAAGAGUGUGAAUAGGACCAUUGCUAUAGCCAGAGGGUUGAGGUUUGGGAAUUGGCAUUGCUGGCGUCCAUUAGAUGUGUCUGUUAUUUCUGAGGCUUUGUUUCAGUACGGUGUGUUCGAACUCGUCUCCUUCGAGCAACUGAUUGACCAAAAACAUAGAAAAAAAAGAAAGAACCAGAGGAAAGAAAUAUU